AUGCCAGCACAUAACAAGAGCUUUCUGAGCUUCACUGCACACUGGAUAUCUCCAAAGUUCAUUCUGGAACAUGGCGUUUUAGCUAUGAAAUCAUUUCCUGGCUCACAUUCUGGUAUCAAUAUUGCAAAAGAACUCAAUGCUAUUACAGAAAGAUGGAAUAUUCCUCAAUCCAAGCUCCAUUUACUUGUCCAUGAUAGUGGCUCUAAUAUGAUAAAAGGUGUGCGAGAUGCAGGAUAUGAUUCAGGCAGGUGCUUUAUUCAUUCACUACAACGAGCUAUAGAUCAUUCGCUACAAUCUCAACCAGAAGUACAACAGAUGAUAGCUGCUGCGAGACGAAAUGUUACCCAUUUUAAUCAUUCUGGCUUAGCAGAGCAGAAACUUAAAUCUAUUCAACAAGAACUUAACUUGCCAAACCCCCAACUAGUACAAGAUGUGAGCACACGCUGGAAUUCUACGUAUUAUUUAAUGGAGCGAUUAUUAGAACAAAAGCGAGCUGUCUCCUUGUACAUAACAGAUCAUGAAACUUUAAUAAAUCUGACACAUGUUCAAUAG